AUGGCGUCUUCCUUUGCCCCCGGGCUCCGGAGGUUACUAUUCCAGGCCACGGCCACAGCGUCUGGUCCUUCAAAGUUCUUUGUCUGUAACCAAUGCCUUCGAACUGCUCCCCGGAGCAUGCCCUCACGCGUUCUCAACGUUGUCCGAUCACGAUCCUAUGCCGAUUCCGCAAUCAACAAACCAAUUGGAACUAUCGCCGAGCAGGUCUCUGCCCGCGCAUCUCCCUCUGUCUCUCAAGCUACCAAGAAAGCAUGGCCUGAGUCAAACCCCAAGGGUGUGGGCUACUGGCUCCUCGGCAGCGCUGUUAGUGUUUUUGGUAUUGUCGUCUUUGGUGGUCUAACUCGUUUGACCGAGUCUGGCUUGAGUAUCACUGAAUGGAGACCUGUCACCGGUUCGCUUCCUCCCAUGUCCAAAGAAGAUUGGGAGUCCGAGUUCGAAAAGUACCGUGCAUCGCCCGAGUUCAAGCUUCUCAACCCUCAUAUGGACCUCGGAGAAUUCAAGAAGAUCUACUUUAUGGAAUGGUUUCACCGUGUCUGGGGUCGAGUUAUUGGCCUGACCUUUGUCAUUCCUACCGCCUAUCUCGUCGCCCGCCGCAAAGUUACACCUAAAAUGGCAUUGAAUCUUGCUGGAAUCUCUGCAUUGAUCGGUUUCCAGGGUAUCAUUGGCUGGUGGAUGGUCAAGUCUGGUCUCAAGGACGACCUGUUUGCUCCUGGUUCUCACCCCCGAGUCUCCCAGUACCGCCUCACCACUCACCUUGGUACCGCCUUUAUCUGCUAUUCUUGGAUGCUUCUCUCUGCUUUGACCGUUCUCCGAACUCGUCGCUGGCUCGCGAACCCCGAAGCAGCCAUGAAACAGAUUGGUGCUAUGAGCCAGCCCGGUCUCCGCACUAUGCGCCGUGUUGUCUUCACCCUUGCUACUCUGACCUUCAUUACUGCUAUGUCUGGCGGCCUUGUUGCCGGUCUCGAUGCCGGUCUGAUCUACAACGAAUUCCCUAAGAUGGGUCUUGGUCUCUUCCCCCCCCAGCAGGAACUCUGGGACAAGUUCUACUCUCGUAAGGAGGACCAGUCUGAUCUCUGGUGGCGCAACAUGCUUGAGAACCCCAGCACUGUUCAGAUGAACCACCGAAUUCUUGCUGUGACUACCUUCUGCUCCAUUCUCUCGCUCUUCAUUUACGCACGCACGAGACGUGUUAAGGCUAUCCUCCCGGCCAACAUCAAGAAGGGCGCCGAUGGCCUUUUCCACGUUGUGUCUUUGCAGGUUGCCCUCGGCAUCAGCACUCUCAUCUAUAUGGUGCCAAUUUCCCUCGCCGCAGCUCAUCAGGCGGGUGCUCUUGGUGUGUUGACCAUGGCUCUGGUUUUGGCUCACAGACUACAUAUUCCCAAGCCCACUCUUCGUCUCCUUGAGCAGCGACUGAAGCAGGCUGCUGCCAAAUAA